CACUCACCAACCAUCAUGAUCACUGUACACAUCUGGAUGUGAUCGACACCCGGCCACUUCAUGAUUCAACGACCGACCUCUCAACAUCCACACGUUCCGCCUGCCGCCAUGAGUCACCAACACCACCAAUGGAUCCCGACUCGACCCCGCAACCUCGUCGUCUGAAGAGGAAGUCAAAAAGCACGUCGUUGCUGGGGCAUGGGACUUCCAUUGAAGUUGCGGGGCAGCGGUUGAAGACGACAGCGGUGUUCGACACCUUGUGGGUAUGGCUGUCCGAGAGGAAAUCUGUCGAUGACAGACGUCGAGCGGGCGGAUCUGCACCGUGGACAGAAGACCAGAUACUGCAAAAGUACAAGUUUGCAACGCCUAUCGCGUGCUCGACCGAACCUCUCAAUUCGUCGUCACGGAUGUCAUCGAGAAGGGCUCCCCUGACCGAACGGAAACGCUCUUCCGUAUCCUGCUCUUCAACUGCUUCAACAAGAUCGAGACGUGGCAGCUACUCCUCGCCGCUUUUGGUGGAAGGCUUGUCUGGACGGAAUUCGAUCUGCACAAGUAUGACGCAGUCUUGAGCGCUGCUGGGACGACGCUUUUCACGGGCGCGUACAUGAAAAUCGGGGUGCAGAUUGAAUACAAGGCAAACCAUAUGCGACAUCUCCAGUUGCUCCAGAUCCUCAUGGACGAACUCCCCAAGUCGCUGGCCAAUGCUUGCUAUGCUGCCGACGUCUAUGAGACCAUCGCCGCGUACCCUGGGAUGGCGGCAUUCAGCGCAUACCAGCUCUUCCUCGCCCUUUCCUAUUCCGAGCUCCUCGACUUCUCGGCAAACGAUUUCGUGGUUGCUGGCCCUGGCGCUUUGUCUGGUCUGACGAAAAUGUUUGGAUCCAGUCUGAAGAGAGCUAGAGGCCAGGUGCCGGACAUUGAAUCGGACAUUCUGCGAUGGAUGGUGGAGAAUCAACGAGAACAGUUUCGAUCGCGCGGACUCCAGUUCUCGUUCCUACGAGAUCCUUUCGGCGACGAGCACGAGCUUGACGUUGCGGAUUUCGAGCAUGCUGUGUGUGAGGUGGACAAGUAUGCCCGAAAGGCACAUCCCAUGAUCAAGGGUAUCGGCAGCCGCACCGGGCUCAGGGCGCUAUUCAGUCCAUCGUCAGCGGGUCUUCCGCCCGUGCCUGCUCUUCCGGAAGCCUGGGGAUCGAAGCGAAGGCAGCAGUGGCGACCCAGGGAAGCAGCCGUGAGCGUGGAGAAGCGAUACAUUGUCGACGAGAUCCUCCAAGUGCGGCCAUCAAAGAACAAACGCGGGCACGGGACCGCCUUCGAGUAUCUUGUCUCUUGGUGGGGGUACUCAGAAAGAACGUGGGAGCCCGAGUCAUCUCUUCAAGAGGAUGUUCCCAAUCUUCUCGCGGACUACAAGAGGAGUCGGGGAAUCUAGACUCAAGCUCGAACUCGAUACCCAUAAAUUCUUGCUAAUCAUGCGAUAACUGACUAUAUCGCAUUGUAUACGCGCAGUCUCUUGUAUUCCGUAUUGCUCUCUAGUCUAUCGUGGCUCCUUUACAAGCUCCGUCUUUGGAGCGCUAUGACUGGGUGACUGACAACGCGGCG